UUUGCUUAAUCUUUUUUAAUUUUUUAUUAGUUAAAUUUUCUCAUGAAAAAGGCAAGCGGCAAGGAGAGAGAGAGAGAGAGUAAAAUAAUGGGUAAAUCUUUGUUAAUUAAGGAAUGACUCCAAAGAAGGGCUCCAUAUAUUGCAACUUUUAUUUAAAAAGAGACUUUCCUUCUUUAAUGCUCAUAUAUUUUCACACCGUUCCUCGUCGUGAUUUCUGUCUCGCUGGCCAUUCCUAUUUUGAUCUUCAACCAUGAGAUAUCGUCGUUUGCUGCUUUUGUUCCUUCGCGUGCAUAGAGACAGUUUUGGAUCUCGAAGCGACUGAUUUUUUUUCUUCUUUUUUCAACUUGUUCUUCUUCGUCUCGGCGAUUGUCGUCCGUGUUUUGCUUUGAUUAGUUGAUUUCUUUUGAGUUUGCUAAUGGCGAUGGAUGAUACCGAGAGUUGCAGUAGCAGAACGGUGGACUCUUCGCCCACGCAUCCUCGUCAGCAAAGACAGAAGCUUGAGAUUUAUAACGAGGUGCUUCGUAGACUCAGAGAAUCCAAUAACGAGGAGGCAAAUGCUCCUAAUUUUGAAGAUGACCUUUGGAACCAUUUUAAUCGACUGCCCGCUAGGUAUGCAAUGGAUGUGAAUGCUGAGAGGGCAGAAGAUGUUCUGACGCACAAGAGGUUGCUGCGGCUGGCACAAGACAACCCCACUAGACCUGUAUUUGAUGUCCGUCUUGUGCAGGUUCCUCCUCUCUCUGAUGGAAAUUCAGUAGACUCAUCAAUGAAAGAAGAUGCUCAAAGUUCUAAUUUUCAUAUGAGGCAAAGCAUUCAUCCGCCACCUGCAUUUGGUUCCUCGCCUAAUCUUGAAGCUCUUGCACUUGAAGCCCAAAGAUCAAAUAUUGAAGAUGGAGAUAGUUCUGUGCAUGCCAAUCCACUUAUUCCUCGGCCGAUGCAUGAAAUCACAUUUUCAUCAGAUGACAAGCCAAAACUUUUGAGUCAGCUGACUUCGUUACUUGGUGAGGUUGGGCUGAACAUCCAAGAAGCACAUGCUUUUUCUACAGUAGAUGGCUAUUCCUUAGAUGUCUUCGUUGUCGAUGGUUGGGCACUUGAGGAAACAGAGCGGCUUAGACGUGAAAUUGAGAAGGAAAUCUUAAAGUUCGAGAAAAAAUUUCAGUCAAAGCUUCAGUCAUCAUCUUCUGCCAUCAAGCGUGGGCAGACUGGGCCUAAGCUCAUUCCUGAUCAUGUAAAAAUACCCACCGAUGGAACUGAUGUCUGGGAAAUCGAUGCCAGCCUGUUGAAAUUUGAGAACAAAGUUGCAUCGGGGUCAUAUGGAGAUCUGUAUAAAGGUACCUACCGCAGCCAGGAAGUGGCUAUUAAAGUUCUAAAGCCUGAACGUGUAAGCGAGGACUUGCAAAGAGAAUUUGCACAAGAAGUCUUUAUUAUGAGGAAAGUAAGGCACAAGAAUGUUGUGCAGUUCAUUGGAGCAUGUACUCAACCUCCAACCUUGUGCAUCGUUACAGAGUUUAUGUCUGGUGGAAGUGUAUAUGAUUUUCUGCAUAAACAAAAGGGCGUUUUUAAGCUCCCAUCCUUGCUCAAAGUAGCGAUUGACGUUUCCAAGGGAAUGAAUUACUUGCACCAAAAUAACAUAAUUCACAGGGAUCUCAAAGCUGCCAACCUUCUAAUGGACGAAAAUGAGGUUGUUAAGGUUGCUGAUUUUGGAGUUGCCAGAGUGCAAGCUCAGUCUGGUGUCAUGACCGCAGAAACUGGAACAUAUCGUUGGAUGGCUCCAGAGGUAAUAGAGCACAAGCCAUAUGACCACAAGGCUGAUGUUUUCAGUUUUGGAAUUGUGCUAUGGGAGCUAUUAACAGGAAAGCUUCCAUACGAGUAUUUAACACCAUUACAAGCUGCAGUUGGUGUGGUCCAAAAGGGCUUACGACCAACUAUCCCAAAGAACACUCAUCCAAAGCUUGCUGAUCUGCUUGAGAGAUGCUGGCAGCAAGACCCAACAUUAAGACCCGACUUCUCUGAAAUUAUAGAGAUCUUGCAGCAUUUAACCAAGGAGGUAGGUGAUGAUGGUGAGGACCGGCGCAAGGACAAAUCGUCCAGUGGGUUCCUAUCGGUCCUCAGACGGGGGCACCACUGAAGGUAGAGUGGAGAGAGGUUGCUGUUCAUAAUGUAUAUCUACUGCUCUAAUCAUGUAGGCCAUUCCCCAUCUAGCUCUAUCCUGCACUGUACAGUAUUUAAUCAGAUUACCAACAAAAUUCUUGCUUUUUUGUUUUUGAGUUCCCCCUUAGAUUUCUAUUAUUUUUGUUUUUCUCCGCCUCUUUUCACUUCCCGCAAUAUUUAUGGUUUUAUGGAUGUGCACGGUAAUUUUAGUGCAGAAUUGAUGAAAUCAAUGAAUCAUAAUUAUCAUGUUUUGCUUUUUGGGUAGAAA